AUGGAGUUCUCACAUGGACCUGUGACCCUGGUCGUGAAGUACAUCUGUCCAUCUCCGACCGUGUGCCCUUGCCACUACCGGGUUUCUUCUAUCUUGACGGAUUUGACUGUGGUCUCGAUGAGUGUCUUACUUGUUGUCUUGGCUUGCCGUGUUGACUCUGGCCAUUCCCUGGUGAGAGAUGGAGUUCGGUCGCUUAGCUUGACGCAUGGAAAUUGCCCACAUGAUAUCGUCGAGAGAUACUUGUUGAAGAUCUCCCUUGGUCAGUGGACUCGUGCAGUUGAUCUGACUGGCGUUCAGGUGGUUGCUUUGGGAUCUUUAGAGGUUCUGUUGUCUGACCCUGUGGAUGCUUCCCAUCUCUUGGUGAGAUCUCAGUUCCGUAGCUUGGGACUGACGUCAGGUGUUUUACCAACACCUGAAUGCUGGAACCCAAACCCCUAUGGCAUGGUGUGUGUCGUUGAAUUGCUUUGCGGCGGAUGCCCUGGAUGGGCUCAUGUCACUCGCUUUCUGCAAUGCCCUGAAUUGCCAGCGGGUCACGUCGACCUGGGAACAUGGACCGAGGACUUUGUCAAGGUACCUCUCCCUCAAGCGACUUCGGAUGUGCUGACGAUUCUGCCUCCUCCACCGGCACCACAUGCUGUGCCGAGGGGAGAGUAUCGCAAGCAUCGAACCGCGAUCAUCUCCAAAGGUUCUGUGGGGCAUCCUUUGAAUUGUGCCGCUGCCUGCAAGUAUGUGAAGCGCAAGGGAGGCUGCCGCGAUGGUGCGGACUGCCCUAAUUGUCACGAGUGCUUCUGGUCCAAAGCUACCGCGAAGGAGUCCGCCGAGAGGAAGGAAGCGACCCCAUCAGCUCCUGGUAGCCAGGAAGAUCUUGUUGAGAAGGUGGUGCGUCUCUUGCAAGAAGAAUCUCACCAGGUACCCCCGAAAAUGGCUCAGGCGCCUGAGAUCAAUUUCUUGGGAGACUAUGGGCCGGGCUUUGUGGACUACCUUGGCGUUCAAAUCCCAC